AUGGCUCCGGUGUUGAGUGGAGUGUGGUGGGGGCCAGAGGCGGGCGUGGUCGGGUCGGGGGCGGCCGCUGCCACCGGGGCGGCGUCGUGGCUCGGCAGUGAGCAGCUGAUCCUGCUCUUCACCCUCAGCACCCUCACUGUCCUGCUGCUGGUGUCCAUGCUGCUGCUGCUCUGUGCUAGCUGCCAGGGGCAGAAGAAAGCAGCCAAUGGACAUCAAGCAGGAGACCACGACAACCUCAUCAAUGGAGUGUCAGAGAGAGAGACGAUCAGCCAAUCAGCAGAGAGUCCAGUGACGGACGUGGGCAUCAGCAGCUCUCACAAUGGUCCUCUAACCAGCGGUACAAUCCUCACAGACACACAGGACACCAGUCCCCACCCAUCUGAGGAGAUGCUCUCCAGCCAAUCAGAGCUCAGGUCCUCCAAGUGUCCUCAGGACCGCGAGCUGCCCAGCAUCCCUCCCAACACCGCCCUGAUCGGGGACGGACCCCCAGCCCUGGGGGACAGCACCUAUGAGGUGGUGAAGGAGAUCGCAGCGGCGUCCCGUGACGUCAGCGUUGAAGACUCCCUGUACGAGACGGUCAAGGAGCUGAAAGACGCCCCGGCCCAGGUCGGCCUCCCCAACGGUACCGUCCAGCUGAGCCCCGACAAACCCCCCCACCACCCCCCCGCCCUCCUCAACGGCAACCUCAGCCCCUGCACACCUGAGCGGGGUCCCCUGUGCGAAGGGGCGGAGUACGCCUCAGUCGACUGGAACAAGAAGAGCCGUCACAGUGCCGACAUGGAGACCAAAAGGCGCUCUGAUAACGCCGCCAAGCAUUUUCUCAAGUCUCUGGAGGAACCAGAGGAGGACUUGCCUCCGCCGGUACCGGAGAAGGUUCUGGAUGAAAACGACAACCAGCCGUUGGUGAUGAAUGGGCUGGAGGGGGCUGGGCUACACAAUGGAGAGUUACACUCCCCCCUGUCUCCUCCAGCCGGCUUCGACAACCACGUUCUGUCAGACAAUGAGUCCGCUGUGUAUUCCACCGUCAACCAGACAAACGAUGACGAAGCUGUGAACGAGGAAGACAAGGAGCACGACUACAGCAGCAUCGCCGAACUCAAAGGUCUGGUCCCGUCCUCCUCCUCCAGCGACCUCUACGCGACCGUCCGAGACAUCUACCCCCAGCCCGACCUGCCACAGGUGGGGGACGACCCCAUCCUGGACAGCACAGAUGCCGGCUACGACACCAUCCGCAUCCCAAAGACUAGGAGCGCGGAGGAUGACCACAGGGACAGGCUGGGAGCGGGGGGGUCAGACAACGGCAGAUCGCCGGAGCCUGACUACGAGAGCGUCGGGGAGUUGGGUCUCGGCCCAGAAAUGUCCCGUCUCUGAGUCCCCUCCUCGUCUUCUUCAUCUGUUUGGGACGAAGCCUCCCGUGUGAUACGUCUUUGUAGUGCUUUGAACCUGCUAGCGAGCAUGCUUCUGGUGCAUGACUUUGGGAAAACGGCAGAACACGGCUCACCACACCGCAGCCGUCAUCAACACACGAGUGUCCACUUUGCAGCUCGGGUACGGUUUAUCACAUCGGAACUUUUUAAUUUAUCACAGGCGGUCAUCGGUACUCGUAGGUCUGGUAGUCAAUGGCUGUACCUCAGUCACCGGGCAUUCAUCGUGUGGAAGAUUUCACUUUGAAUUGCAAUUGAAUAUCUCGUCUCUUCUGACAGUGCAUAUCAUGAACGCUGGGUUGUGUUGAACAAAAAGAAUUACACACGACACACAUGCAGCAUUUGAAGGGGUUAGCUGAGGACACUAUCUGUUCCUGCAACGUAAAAAAAAAAAAAAGAAGAAGAAAAAAAAAAGGUUUCAGUGCCAUACACUCAUGGAAUUCAUGCACUUACUGUUCCUUACCGAACAUCAUGUUAUUUUUACUCCACAUCGACAGCUGCUAGUUGCUUUCUAGCUUCCUCCAGGUGACUCUUCAUCAUGUAUUAUUGAGGUGUGAUUCGAGGUUGUUCCUCCACUGUGCAUCCUCUGCGUGAAAUCCCAGUGAAUGAGAUAUGGGCAUUGGGAGGGAAAGGCCUGUCUUAUCCCUGACCAAAAUAAACAUCUGAUAGAUUAUUCGCCAUCAAACGAAAAUGUGGACUCUUAAACUUUAGGUCAAACUUGUCAGGGGGAUAUGAAACUAGUCAUACGCAGAACCAAAAUGGAAGCCAGAGCUUGAGGAAGGAGGUCAGCGUCACAUGAGCUUGCCGUUUCGCCAUGCAUCUAAAAAUGUAUUUUUUACAUGUUUUUCAGCCCUUGUCAGCAUUUUGUAUUGAAAUUCCUAUUUAUUUGAGGAUGCAUAUUAUUACGUAAUAGUGAAAUGUGUCUAUGAGAGGAAAGCAAGUCGGGUUUUAUAGACGUUUCUAGCAUUUUUAUCGAGAUACAUACUAAAAGAAGGUGAGUUGUGAGGCAGUAGUAAGGGUACGCACUGCCUCGGCUUUGAUUCAAAAGAAGAAUACGUGUGAUGAGACCAUAUUUUCCUUUUUUGUCAUUUUGCACAGGGAUCAAAACAAAUAGAGAAAAAAGACUUGUAAUGUGAUGAAAUGACACAGCCUUGUAUUACGAAUGCAAAUGUUAUCGAUGAAAUGUUUUUUUUUGUUGUUAUCAUGCUUCUUUGAGCCGACUCUUGGUACCGUAUCAUUUUCCGUUGGCAUCGUGUAUUAUUUCAAAGCACAAGGUUUAUUUCUAUUAUAACGGUACUGCAUUUAUACACAGGUUAUUAUUACAGAUCAGUUACACCUCUGCACAAUUUAAAUAUCCAAUGUUUGUUGAGUUGUAAGAAAAAAAACAACAACACAUAUCUGUCUGUUUGUAGCUUGUGAUGACGACAUGCCAACCGAGGCUUGUAUAUACAGUAGUAGGAGCACUAUUCUGACUGUAACUCGCUGGAAGUUUUAUGUAAGCUUUUACUCGUUUGUACAAUGUUCAGAGUGAUAUGAUUUUUUUUAGAAUAAGAGCACUGAUAAUACGUCUGACUUGUUUUUGAAGUAAACCUGAAGCCCUCGUGUCCGACGCCUUUUGCCUUGUAACGUAACUCAGAGUUGCUUUUUUGAGAAGUAGUAACCAGUCACAGGUCGGGAAUAUGGUACAGUGUUUUGGUACGUACAUUUGCAGAAACAUUAAUUGUGGUACUAUUAUUUAAAAUAACUGAAUUAUUGUCUGAAUACUGAUGUUUGGUGUUUCUUUUCUAAAGGCCAAUGUUGUUUGUUUUUUUGUUGCUGUAAAUAUAUCUUUCACUCGAACAGUAUUUUCCCCACUUUAGCAGAAGUGUUGUUGGCGUCUACUUCCACCACAUCAAAACAUAACAGCAUCUCCAGCCUCUGUUCCUGUUUCACCAGACGUGCAGGAGCUUGUCUGCGCUUCAGAAAAACAAAGACGGCCCCUGCCGCCUGGUAUUAGAUUCGUAAAUGAUAUCAGACAUUGGAUAUGCAGUCACAUAGCCCAGCAAUCCUACAGGCGAGAGAGUAUUGGAGAUGCAAUCCAAUCCCAGUAUAUUUUUAAAGUAUAAGCGAAGCCCUCAGAAAUAUCACAUUCAUUUCUGCAGAGGGGUAAUUAUCAGUGUUAUUUUCACUCCCAAAGAACACACAACCCCUUUGAGCGAAUGGUUCCUAAGCCAAGUGUCGUGGUUGUGUGUCGGGGUAGUGGCAUCAUUUAGAUAUAAUGGUGUUCACAGAUCGCUAUAUAUGACCUUUAAGGAAAUGAUCUACCAAAAGGGGGGGAUGCUUUAGUGCCAAAUCUAAUCAGGACACCGCAUACACAUUGUUAAUAGAUACUUACCUAAAAUCACUUAUUCUGUCGAGCUGCCUGUUUCGGUCAUAAAAACACACACACACACAUGCAUGUCUUCUCCCUUCGGGGGGUGGGGGUGUCGCCUGAGACGCUCCUCCGCCGCGUCUCCUUUCGGCUCCACCAGUCCCUUAAUGAGACCAUUUGUUCCAGCCUACAACAAGCAGACGACUCUGUGGUGACACCCGUCUUUGAUCACAGGGCAAAGCCUGUUUCUGGCAGUUAUGGCCACAUCUGUCACUCCACUCUGUCCAGCUUCCAUUCUCAGCAUGUAAAUAUUUUAUGACAUGAAUUGUUCUAUUAAAAUAUAUAUAUAAUAAA